CCAGAAAUGAGUGGAAUGCUAUCUUAAACAAGUCAAAAAUCUGUUACAGCUUUUAUUAACUACUACUUAGAUGAAGAAAGAUUUUAAAAAUCCUGCAGAAUUACAACUGAUUACCCCGUUCAGACAUUGGUAAAUAUGUCCCUCAAUCCAAGUCGACCUUCCUCAUCAGAGUUGGUGGAACUUCGUGUUUUUUAUGUUCCUGAAGGAUCGUGGAACUAUAAGUUAAAUACUAUUUCAAAAGAAGUUGUUAACAAAUUCAUUUCAGCUGGAUUUAUAAGAAUAUCUCCUCACCUUACUUUACAAGCCCUGAGGGAGCGUCUCGGUGAGUUCCUUGGUGAAGAUGCUGUUGCUGAAAAAUUUUUAUUUCUGAAAUGCAUUGGAAAUAAUCUAGCUGUGGUGAAGGCAAAGCAAGAAUCAGAACUGAAACUCAAAUCAUUUGCUCCUCCAUAUGCUCUUCAACCAGAAUUAUAUUUGCUUCCUAUAAUGGAUCAUUUAGGAAAUAUUUAUUCAGCAUCAUCAACAGUUUCUUUAGAUGGGCGGCAGACUAAUAAUGGUGUUGCUGAUGGAAUAAUCCACAGACCAGUUAGUGUAACUUUGUCAAAGGAAGAACAUGGAACAGACCCCAGUUUUCUAGAAAACACUUUGAAAGAGCUUCUUAACAAGAAUCAGAAAGAAGCUGGGGGAAAAACCACUCCAAGUGAAACCCAGACCGGAAAAAAUCAAGUGGGAAAUUCUGAAUUGCCAGGAUCACUGGAAGAUUCAGAUAAUGAUUAUUGUAGCAGCAAAAAAAGUCAGUUUCUUUGGAAAAAUGAAGAUGAUAGAGUUAAUAUCAUUAGAAGAGAAGACAAUCAGAUAAGUAAAACCGAGUACCUCACCCUACCAGAUCUUAUUGAUUUUCCUUCAGUUCCUUGUCGACCUGUUCUUUCUCCAAGAAUAACUGAUAUCUCUUUAUUACAGAUUGAGAGAGAGAAGAUUAUCGAACAAAUGAAACAAGUGAAGGAAGAAAGAAGAUAUCUGGAAAGAAUUAGAGGAGAACUAAUAAAAAAAGCUGAAAGGCUAUUUGAACAAGGCAAAUUGAAGCAAUAUCAUGCCUGUGAUAUUUGGAAGAAAAAGUACAUUGAAACAAAGAAAUUGACAGCAUCGUUGGAGGAGAUUUUAACAAAACUUCGAGAAGAUUUGGAACUUUACUAUAAAAAAUUGCUCAUGCAACUUGAAGCCAGGGAGAUCAAGAUGAGACCAAAGAAUCUGGCAAACAUCACAGACUCUAAGAAUUACCUUAUCAUCCAGAUCACUGAGGUUCAGCAUGCUAUUGACCAACUUAAGGGAAAACUGGAUACUGACAAAAUGAAACUCAUAAUAGAAGUUAAGUUACUGGAAAUGUGCCUAAUUAGGACCUCAACAGAUGGUUUUGUUUAUGAUGAAUCAGUCAAGUCAAAAGGUAAUGGCAAUGGACAAAGAAAAUACCUCCUUUUCUAAGUCUUAUAAAAUUGAUUCUAACAGCCUGUUGAGUCUGGACCCCAUGGAUGACCAAGGCACACACCUCAUUAAGAGCCACAGACUAGAAACUGGUCAUAUGCUCACCUUCCACCCUGUAAAGUUCUUCUCCCCAGUAUCACGUGCCUCUAUCUAGUACUAAACGCAGUCCCCUUUAGGAAGUAUAUAAGCUACUGGAUAAAGGAUAAAAGAAAGAGGAAAGGAGCAGAAUUAGGCAAAAGGGUAAAGGAAGGAGAAAAGACAGGAAGUAAAAAUAGAAUGACCUGUGAGUUAAAAUAAUUUACUGAUUUUUAUAUACAUCUGGGGAACUCUUUAAAGGCAGUUCUCAAUGAAUACUAGUAAUAUUUUUACGUAUGGUAGCACCACUGGAAUCAGAAUCCUCUCCUAAGAUGGCUGCUUUAAAGGGCAAUAGUCACUUGGUAAAUGAAUAAGCUGUGGCAUAUUUAAGUACAGGAGACUCAUUAAUACAAGCAUGUCUCAUACUAUAUCUUAUAUUCCAUUCUUUAAAAUCUUUAGUACUAGAAAAAGCCAUGCAUGCUCUAGUACCAAUUGUGCCUCAGUACUAAAAGGCAACUUGCAAAACUUGUACAUUAAUAUAGAAAGAUUUUUUUUUGUGGAGUCAAGGGCUAACCCAAAGACACCUACCUUUGAAUUCUGCCAUCAUUCUAGCCAGUGCUUUGAGCCUUUUUGAUAUGAUAAGAAAUUUCAAAUGCCUCAAACAGUGAAGGAUCAAAGGAUGAAAAACAGUAUAUGUAAAUUUGAUACAUGCAUGGUUAAGGAAUAAAUGCCUCCAAGAAUAUGGAGUGCAAGAUGAAGCUGCUGGUGCUGAGACAGCAUAAGAAAGCAGAAUGAUUCUCUUCAGUUAAGAUAGAAGCUUGAUUUUGGUUGCUAUGGAAUUUUACAAUGAAUUAAAAAAAAAAACAAAUUUGUUAUAACUCGAUGGUUGUCUGAAGUGCCAUUAAAUGAAUAGUUUUCAAGACUCAUAAAAAUCUUUCUUGAGUUCUAAAAUCCAAGAAUGUGUCUUCUUACGCAUUAAGAAAAAAAUAAGUCAGGAAUUAACAAAAAGCAGUACACCAUAGGGUAAAACCAUUCUAAAUUUUACAUUUCUAAACUAUGUAUAAUUGGUUUCAUACAGCCUUUACCAAACUGAUACCCAUGCAACACCAUUCCCCCUGCAUGUUUCUAAUAGUGCUGGGAAAUAGGGUUCUGAGUCAGUGAAAAGGCUUUAUGUACUAUGGUACUUCUCAAGUCUUUGAAUAUAAUAUUAUGGACAUUAUAAAUCUCCAAGAGGGACUUAGAGUAGAUAGUAUUUUCCAAAUAUAUUUGGCCAUGGCAUGUGUAUGUGUAUUUGUGUGUGUGUCAGGGAGAGGAGGAGGUUAGUAUAUUCUUUUUUAAAUUUAACUUUAUUUUGUUUUACUUAAAAAUUUUUAAAACAAGUUUUAAAGGUUACUUUCUAUUUACAGUUAUUACAGAAUAUUAGCUAUAUUCCUUGAGCCUGACUUACACCAGAUAGUUUGCACCUCUCACCCCCUCAUGUUGCCACUCCCCCUGCUCUUCCCAUUGGUAACCACUAGUGUGUGUGUGUUAUUAACAGUUCCCAGAAGAGAGUUCUAUAAAUACUCUUUGGUAAAGACAGGCUCACAAUAUACCCUAGUUUAAUUAAUAAGUUUAUACUUUAGAUUCUAAAUUUUAGAAAGCUCUACACUAAAGCUUUCUGUAUAAUUGAUAGGCAUGUACAAGUAUAUAUCAAUUAUAAUGUAGUAAAUAUGUGUAUUUGCUGUCAUUUUUAUAAAUGAGUACCAGGCCAUAAGUAAGAAAUAUAAAUUCUUGCUGGAAUGUCAUAUCAUUUAAGGGCUCCUUUAAUAGUAACAUAAUCCAAGGCGAAUUCAAGGAUGAUCUGUACUUAGAUUUCUGAUAUGUGAAAAAGUUUUUAUUAUGCUAAAGGUAAACUAUGAAAAAAAUAAACUUUCUUUUCCCCUUUGGUUUGGCAAUUCCUAUUUGUCACACACUGCCUGAAAGACUUGCUAGUCAUCUCUAUUUCUUCAAGUUUCUGUUUGUAAUAUUUCUCCGUCUCUAAUUUCUAAUGUUGGUUAUAAUUUGUUUAAUAUCACGUAGUUUGAAUUUUGGAAUAAAUUUGAAAUGAUACUGUU